AUGACCGUUAACAGCGUGCAUGCACAAAAGCAUGACGACACAUUGAAUAUAAGUGAAGCAGGCAUGCAGAACGAGAUCGCCCCACCAAGCCAGAUAGUAGAGGGGUACAACAACGCCGGGACACAGGAUUACUUCCACGUGCAACUGUCAGACGACAAGCAGGUGAGGCACUUCCUGGAGCUGAGCUAUGCUGGUGCCAUCCUUCGGGACAGCUGGGUCCUGACAGACGUUGGCAUCACCCCGAGCAGUGCCAUCUGCUGCCUGCUGAAGCGGGAGCCGGUGGUGCGUGUGUUCAGUGCCGUGACGGGGGAGACCCUCUCAGUCUUGGGCACUGUGUUUCUCCUGAGUACGUCUGUGGCCAGGCUCAUGACCCUGGUGCCCCAGCAGUGUGGGCUUCCCGUCAGCUCCUUCAGACUGAGCUCUCCCACCGGCCUGCAACUCUACGACUGCAACCGGCUGCACGACUACGCCAUUGACCUGGGGGCUACUCUACGGUUGGACACCUGGGAUGGGUGGGCGGAGUUCCUCAGAGGCUGCUUCCUGGGACACAGACUGACCGUCCAACGACACCUGUCUAGGGAGAGACCUGUGAUGAGGUCAGAAUACACAUCUACACACUGAACUGUAUGAUAGACUUACUAUCAACAGUGAU